AUUGGCACAAAUCUUAAAACAAAUGAAUGUUCUAUUUUCAGUUCGUGGGAAACACAUGAAUUUCAUACCUACGUAACUUGAUAACAAUAUGAUGCUACUGGCAUUCUGAAAAACCCUAUGAUAAAUACACAUCACAAUUACUUACGUAGGUACCUAUCCUUAAAAGAACACACAGUUAAACUUUUUCAAGUAAAACUCGGACUCGACCACCCGUGUAAAUUCUUGUAAUCACAAUUUUCUUUCAUGUGAAUUCUUUGAAGCCUCAUACAUUUUAUAGCCGCCUCGGUGACUGGAUACAAUACCAGCAUCCUUUUAUAGAUAGGUAUUUAAUUUAACGUUUUUGGACACACAGCUAAUUUGUUCAGAUUUCGGCUGUUUAGGCCGCAAACUGAACUUAACGUAGGUACCUACUAAAACCUUCCUGCCUUUUCAAAAGUUAUGAGAUAAAGUUCGCUAUUUACCUACAGACAAGCCGCCAAUAUAAUAUUUUCACUCGUCGCCAAAUGUAGUGUUGGUCCCACCUGUAUCUCUGUAGGUAAUUACCAUCCGUUAAUUAAGUAAGAUAUCAUAUCGGUUCACUUGCAUGCAUAUCGUCCUCCGUGCCACAGUCUCACAGUUUCCCGCCAACUGACCAUAGUGUUUAGAUUCUAGAUUCACCAUCCGCGUCUAUGAAUUCAACGAGACGACAGAAUGUAUAUCGAUGUUAUAGGUACAGUAUGCCUACCUACUACAGUUUUACGGCUGCCAACUUUUUUUACAAGAAAUAAAGCAGGUAUAUUCAGGUGUACGAAAAAUAUUAAACACUAUUUUAGAGAAAUGAACAGUAGGUACACAUAAUUAAACAUUAUAACAAUUUUUAAUUUAAAAAAGAUACCUACAAUAUUUUUUAAAACCUUGUUUUACCUGAGUAGUGAACGACUAAGUAUACACACUUCGUACACGUACUUAAAAUUGUAUUUGCAUUUUGAUGCUGAAAACUGAAAACAGUAGUAUAUGCAUAGGUACUUUAUUUUUGUUCAAAAGAAAAAAAUAAACUGCCUACCUAAUGUUCCCUCACAUUCUGCGGCUGACAAUUAGUUUGGUUUUAACCAUGCCUCAGUCUCAGCCGCCGAAUGUCAUUAACAUAAUGUAUCGUCGGUUAGGUGUGAACGAAAAAGUGAAAUAUGUAUGGAAAUACAAUAAACAGCGUAGGUAACGCAUUGACAUACUAAGGUAACGUUCGCUCACAUUCGGCGGCUGACAGUCAGUUUGGUUUGCACACAGCUUAUUGUUUCUCUUGUACGUAAGCAAACGUCGUCGCAUUGUUCACGCUGGCAUUAAAGCAAUACUUACCUACAUGUAUUUUGCUCAGCCUUGGCAGUAGGUUUUUUUGAAACACUGCGAUACUAACAUCGCAGUGUUUCUUUCUCAAGUAGGUAUCAAGUUAGCUACGCGAGUCUGGCAGAAGAUGCCGUAAAUUGCGGCAGACGGCUAUAAAAAAAAAAAAGAAAAUGCUCAAAAAAAUAAUGACACAUUGACAGAUUCUAUUUAGAAAUCUGUCAUGAAAUUAUUUUUUAUUCCAAAAUAAAUAUUUUAGAUAAAUAUUUAUUGAUAUUGUAUUUUAAAAUGCCGAUUAGAAGGAGUGAGGCAUACGAUGACCCUUUGAAACAGAAAUCUCAUGAGAAAUUACCAGUUCCGGGGAAAAUAUCUGAAGCCAAGUCUGUCUCUCUGCAAGAGCCGGGUAUACAAUGGAGCAACCUGAUAUUUCUGCCAUUCCAUCCAAUUUUCGAGAUGUUCAUUGUGUUCGGAGUUUGUAUAAAAGUCAUCUUGGGUCCAAUACAAGCGGUAUAUCCAAUAGUGUACUGUAGUGAGCUCAUGGAGAAACAUUCGUUUUUAACGUUUAUCAAAUAUUUUUAUCUGUACUUUUGUGAUUCACUUUAUGGUAUCGACACAUUUCUACAUAUUGUGCAUAGACAAGUGACGGACAAAGCAAUGCGGCGCGAACAUCUGCCCAAAUCAGCCGGAUUACUGCUAAUAGAUAUAAUCUCAUUGAUUCCGAUGUUUCACCUGACAUCAGAAACUUGUCCCCCUGUUCAAUUAUGGCCAAAUAUACUAGCAUUCAAUGAAUAUCUAGUCAUUUAUAGGAUUGGAUUUUAUUUCUCUUUGGUUACUACACAUUCAUAUAAAAAUCUCCUAUCGGGUUACACAAUCGUUUUGCUGAUGACUUUGAACUGUGUAACUUGUUUUUGGUUGUUGUUAACUGCAGAAGGUUUAUGUGAAAAUUGCAAAAUUCCAGGAAAGUAUUAUGAUUGGCGAGAUUUUAUCAAACAUAAGCUCAAUGAAACUGAUGAGGGAUAUGGUACCUACAUAUAUGCAUUUAGUUUUGUAUUUUCUUUUACUGAGAAUAGCUUUUAUUCCGAUGAAAUCAUACCUACUACAAUGGUAGAAUUUUAUAUUUGCUGCCUAUUUGCCAUCAUUUGUUAUAUAUGUAACCAUUUCCUAUUAACACCAAAAUUCUUUGGUGAAGCUUUGAUGAGACUUCGUUGGAUUUGUACCCGAUAUCCAAUCACACAAAAAAUUAUUGAAGACACUAAGAGAAGAAAUGUAUCGAAAAAUGCUCAUAAAAAAGUGGAAGAAUAUUAUGUAACGAUUUGGAGAAAGCAAAAAGGAAUUCAUGAAAUGCCUAGUAUUUAUGACGAAGAAAUACCACGAUAUUUAAGACUAGAAAUUAAACAAGAUUUACUUUGGCCAAUAUUUUAUCACAGUCCUACCUUACGGAAGACAUCCUUAGCUAUACGGCGAUGGCUGAGUGACUUUAUAAUCAUAUCAUAUAAGAUGCCAGGGGAAAGAUUUUUUACAGGGGCUGAUUCUUCGGGUACUUUGUAUUACUUAAAGUCAGGCAUAGUUGAGCUCCUGUCAACAGACGACGGAACUACCCCGAUACUGUCUGUAACAAGUGGUACAAUAUUCGGAGACACUAAUUUCUAUACACCUAAUAACAAUAGAAAAGUAAUUACACGAUGCUUAACAUUUUGUGAAAUAUAUUAUGUGAAAAGAAGUCUUUUUAUAAGAGCACUACAUAGAUACCCUUCGGAUCGAAAUAUUAUCAUGCGGGCAACUCAUGCUCGCCUUGAACAUGCAAAAAAGCUGUAUUCUUGUAAAGCCCUGAUAAGGGGCAUCGAUAGAAAUGAAGACGAAGGUAUUGCAUGGAUCAAAAGGCGUUGGUGGGAAAUACACGAUGUGGUUCAAAAGUGGUCCAGACAAAGCGGGAAGACUAAAGAGCAGGUCAGAUGUGAUUUGCCUCGAGAAGAAUCUAUAUACCACUGCGCCAAAUAUAUCGGACAACUGGUGCUGUGCGCCCCGUCAGAGCUUCAGACACAAUCCAUGUUCACUAGAUACUCGUUCCCGUGGAUAUUAAAUCCGAUCUCUAAUUUUGGUCACGCAUGGUAUAGAAUUGUGGCAAUCACUGUGCUAUUGGUCUUGUGUACAUUUCCGACGAAUCUAGUUAAACCUGUGUUGCCCGUGUGGUUUGUUUAUUUCACAUUUUAUUCAGACACCGUUUAUAUUCUAGAUAUAGGGGUGUCUCUUUUCACCGCUGUAGAUAAACUAGACAUGUCUACAGACGGUUUUGCAACAGUAAUGUUUGAACGAUUCAAGACUUUUACCUUUCUGCUUGAUGUAAUCUCAACGCUUUGGUUUGAAGAUAUAUUCUCUAUAGCUGGAACAUCUGAAGCAAUGUACAAUACUCUCCAGUUCAACCGAUUGCUAAAAUGUUACGUCCUAUUUCGAGGUGUUUAUUUGAAUUGGGAUUUAAUAAUUAAAAAUCCAUUCGUGGUUUUGUGCCGAAAACUUAUACUAACCUAUUUCACAAUUCAAAUGGUGUGCAGCCACGUAAUUUUGGAUAUGUCAAACUACAUGACGUUAAAUAUGAAGUAUUUUUUCGGAGAAAUAAUGUGUAUUAGGACAGUAAAAUCUGACUGUCGCGCAAUUCACCCUGUGGUCGGAGUCCUUGUUGCAUGGGAAUUCGAAUGGGUGUUCUGUGAAUUCUCUCCGGAAAAUCUUCCAGAUAUGUAUGUGGGAAUGUUUGUCACCUUUAUGAAUUUUGUUUUAUUCAUUUUCAAUAAAGGAAAUUUUGUAUCAUACAUGUAUUUAAAAUAUCGAUGCGCCCAGCACUAUCAGAUAUUUGUUUCAAAUCUGAAGAAGUAUUACGAACAUUAUAAAAUACAUUUAGACUUGUUGAAGAGACUUGACAGAUAUUUCAUAUGUCAUUGGAAGUACUACCAGGGCGCGGACGUAAUGUACUCGAACUCUUUAAAAGACGAACCGACGGAGGUGUACUGGAAGGCGCAAGGCGAGGUGGCUCAGACAGUGAUCGGGGAGUCGGGUGCAUUCACGCACGCUGACCCCGCGCUCAUCAGGGAGUUAGCUUGCGAAGCUAAGUUUUUGGUGCUGCCGAAACUCACAAACUUAGUCAUGUUUGGAAUUCCAUGUAAGAAUGUUACUUGGAUUGUGCAGGGUUAUGUAAAAUCGGAGCAUUAUGAUGAGACUGGCGAACUGCUGAUUACGUAUUAUGGUCCCGGCAACAUGCUGGCUAUUAGUUCAGUGUUCUUCGGUCGAGUGUCGCUAAGCACCUAUAGUACAUACACUGAUUGCGAGGCCAUAUUCAUACCUAUCCACCGGUUCUUUGAAAUCUAUAAGCGCUAUAAAAUUGAAUACGAAUUCUUGCAAGUUUGUACAACAGAAUUUGGAAGACAGUUCGAUGAAAUGUUUAAAAAAUGUAUACUGAAACAUAGAGAUUAUCAACAUAAACUUAGGGACAGGAUUUAUAGCACAAGGAUGUCUAUGGUGGCGACUUCAAAAGUAAUGCCGGAUAUACAAGAACAGCGUUCGUUACCCUUUGAAGGGGAACUCUGGGGAGAUCCGGAAUCUAGGUUUAUGCAAUCCUGGUUGACGUUUAGAUGCAUUAUUGUUUACGUAUCCAUUGCUUCCGCCGCUGUGUUGGGUGGCAUUGGAGCUGUCAGUCGAUGGGUGUUUACGAUGAUCAGUGGAUUCUGUGACUGCAUUUCCUGGAUUGAUAUUAUAAUGAAACUUUGUAUGCCUUAUUAUGACAACCGCGGUAUUUUAAUAACUGACAGGCAGAAAUGCUUCCUCAAUUACGCAUCAAAAGCAUUUGUUUUGGACGUAAUCGAUGCCGUGCCCUGGUUCGACGUCAUCAAAUCUAUUCUCGAAUCAGAAAUCGACGAUGAUACCAGCUUUCUUAUGAACACGUUGUGCAAGUUUGCGCAUAUUUAUAUUAUAUUUGCUUAUUUUCAAUACAUUAGUGAUAUUCCAACCGUGAACGGAACUUUUAUCAAUAUCAUUAAAUGGCAACUGGUAAACAGCUUAGUUGUACUUGGAGCCAGUCACUAUUUCAUGGUGAGCUGUGUGAAGUUCGACUUUGAAUCAAAAAGUAUGCGACUAUUGGAGGUUACGCUCCGAAACACUUGUUGGAUGCCUGACGUUAUACAGUUGCCAAUUGAUUUGAGCUGGGACGACUUGCAUUUGAUCUUUGCUGAAAGCCUAAGUCUUGCUGAAAACGGCAUGUUGGGUUUACAUUUUGGAAGAUUUAUAAUCGACCGAGAGAACAUCGGUGUUGGAAUUUGUCUCAUGUUUAUAGGCUUUCUUUAUUGGUUCAUUUCAGCUUAUUCUCUAACGCUUUUGGUGUUGGAUGUCGGAGGAGACUAUGAGUUCCAGCAUUCUGUUAAUCAACUCGAACAUUUUCUUAAAUCCGAAAGAGUUGACAAGGCCAUUAUUGAGAGAUCUGUCCUUCAUUUUAAGUACUCUUGGAAAAGAACUAUGGGUGUAGAAUUGGCCCAGCUCAAUAACGAGAGUAUCAAUACUGUUUUUAGACAGGAUCUCAAUUCUUAUUUCUACAGAAAAACAUUUAGCAUUUUGGACUCGAUACUUAAAGGAGGCGAACAGAUGCAAAGACAGCUGGCGAGCAACAGCAUCAUACAUUUCUUUCUGCCAGGCCACGACAUAUUUAGAGAACAAAAUAUGAUCGAUUACUUAUGUGUUGUCCAUCGAGGAAGGGUCGCGCUUAGUAAAAAUGGUCAGAAGCUUAUUACUCUCAGUAAAGGAGACAUAUUUGGACAGCUCCUGGGCACUAAAGUACGACCUGUUCGCGUGACAGCUACAGCUGAAGAUUUUGUUGACGUGCUACAUAUCAACCUCAAAGCGUUUCAGAGUACUAUUACAGAGCCGGUGAGACGAACGAUCACGCGCAAUCCACAACAAAAGAGCGACUUCAUGGCUACGAAGAACAUCUUCGUUGAGAACCCCUACGAUACGGUACAAUAUUUGCUUCGAGGACGCAAAACCAUCAGGUUUCCGUGGAGCCGUUACCCAACAGAAGCUCGAGGUGCCAACUGGUACGUGUAUUUUUUGCACCUGACGUGGUUCGUGGGCCCUCUAGUCACGGCCAUGAUAGUGCACACUUUGUUUGUCCUGCCUACUGGACACAAUCUCUGGGUGCGGAUGUAUGUGCUGCUAUUUAUAUUCGACGCGGUACAUUUAAUUAACUUCCUUAGUGAAUUUUACGAGAUUGAGCUUGUUGUCUUAAAAAAUAAGUGCGCGCAUCAACGCGUUGGCCUUAAAAUAUUCAAGCGCUGGGGGUUGUACGUAGAUUUGUUGACUUUCCUCAUACCAUUGGGUACGAUCGUUAACAAUGAUUGGAGAUUUCAAUACGGUAGAAUACUAAGAUUGAAGUCCUUCUGGGACUUUCAUCGUAAUUUCUGUAAGAGUUUUAAGAGACAACUAACCCCUGUCAUUUUGAAAAUUUCUAUUAUAUUGCUGAUAAUGCACAGCUUUACCUGUGGAUGGGUGUACAUCGCGUGCAGACGUGAGGGUAAAUUCCCCGUCCGCCUUUUAGACGUGCGCAAUUUUUCAAACAUAAUUGACUUAAGCAUGUGGAUGCACCCUGAUGAUCGAGGCGAAGGUUGUGCUCGGGUUAGUAGAGAUGUUCCCGAUAAAGAUGACCCGGAAGUGUUUUUGCCAACAUUUGUGGUUCCAAGGCAUUGGGCCCACGAUUACGUUUUAGCAUUCACUUAUAUCUUGAUGACGCAAACGCUAACUAAUUUAGACACGGUAAUGCCACUGACUAUAAAUGAGGUAUAUUACAAGGUGUUCAUGACCUUUGUGCUACAACUAGUGGAUUUGUAUGUAAUGGCUAUGGCGCUUAACUUUGCCCGCACCAAAUAUCGUGAGCAGUACCUAUAUGAUGCAGCUGUCAAGAAAAUGCUUAUAUAUUUGAAUAAUUGUGGACUGUGCAAAUCUUUAUCGGAUAGUAUUUUGGCGUAUACGCAUCAACUUUGGGAUAGGCAAAAAGGUGAGAGACUACCGGAUUUAGCGUACAAAGCUCCAACGUGUCUGAGGCAUGAUUUGUUUAGUGAGUUGUACAUACAUCAUUUAGAAGCCCCGGCGACGUUCAGGCAACUGCCUUAUUUCUUCAAGCGCCAGUUAGCGGCCAGACUUAAUCGAAUGACAGUAUUUCCCGGGAAGUGCAUUGUGCGAGAAGGCGACACGUUUAAUGUCACUUAUUUCAUACAUGAAGGUGAAGUGGAGAAGUAUCAAACUGACAAAAAUGGUGAAAGUAAAUUGAUAUCAGUGUUGUACACGAAUGGAUAUUUUGGAUGCGUUUCUGGCCUCUUCGUCAACGUGGGUUUCUAUUUCUCCUAUUACUCGCGAACUGUUGUAGACCUAGUGUAUUUACACCUUGACAAUUGGUCAGACUUAUUGGAAUGCUACCCAGAAGUUAAGAUGAUGCUCUAUGAGUCCACUAAGGCGUUUAGGAGUGAUGUCACCAAGACUCACCCUGGGCGGUCAGCGGCGUCGUCCAUAGUUUACUGAUUACAGUUUUACGGAUAUUUUUUUAAAUGAGUAUAAUCUGGAGAUCAGAAUUGGAGACAGAGCUUGGAAAGGCAUUUCUCCUGUAUGCCUCUUGGCACUCUUGGAUAAAUCGAAAAUUAUUUUUUAACCUUUAAUAUUUACUUAAUUUAAUUAGUUUUAGUAUUUUAUUAGAAUAUUUCCAUUAGUUUUGACAGUUUUUGAGUAAAAAAUUGAAUUGUCAUAAAAUGUUGAGGAUAACAAUUGGUAUUAAUUGGUAUGGUGCUUACAAAAUGUUUAUUGAUCAACUUUUAAUAUUAAAUGUAAAUCAUUUUAGUAUAAUUAGUAUUAACAUUUUAUAAUUAAUGUAAAACUAGUAAGUAGCUUUAAACUUACUUAAAUUAUUAUUUGUUAUUAGUUUGUAACUCGUUAUAAAGAUCAUAU